GCGCGCAUUGGGAAGAGUGAGAGAGUGAGAGAGCGAACGAGCGAGAGAGAAAGAGAGAGAGAGAGAGAAGGAAGGAUGGCUGGAAGGAGUGGGGUGGCGGAAGGGUAUGAGAGGAACCAGGAAAGGGGAAAGGGAUGCUGCGUGUGUUGGCAUGGACCAGUGCGUCAACGGCUGUUGCCUCACACGAACCGCCGAAAUUAUAGUUAGUGACCCCAACGGGUGUUCCGAAAUACACCACAGAGUACCGUAGCACGCCCAGAAUAGAAGCAUCACCGAAGACUCCUCACGGAUAUCGUCCUAUCAUCCUUCUGGAAUAUUGUUCACGAGUUACCUCGAGACAUCCCAAGAGGAUCUUUCUAGGAAUCUCGAUGAUCCUGCCAAACCAAAUCCUACCCUCUCGGAUAAUAUCCUCAUGUAAUCGUCUUUAACUUCGUUAACUGUGCACUCGGAAAUUAUCAUAUCUUCUCUUUCAUAUCUUUCUUCUUAUUCUUCUUUUUUUUCUUAUUCUUCUUAUUAUUAUUGUUACUAUCAGCAUUGUUAUUAUUAUUAUUAUUAUUAUUUUAAGUGUGAACAGUGAAUGUUUAGAAGAAAUCGUUUGAAAAUUGUUACCAGUGUUAGAUUUUAUGUUCGUCUCUUUUCGUUACCUCGUUGUAUCGUUUGUUUCGUAGUGUCAGAAGAUUUCGAGUGUGGAUAACGAACAGUUAUUAUUUGGAUUGGUGGUGUGCAAUCGCGUGUGUCCCUUGGAUGCAAUGCUUUUGAACGAUCUUAUCAGUGAUUAAUAUUCUACGUACACGGAGUGUUAUUACUACGAAGGGAGAUCUUUCGUCGGAGUUUAUCAUUUUGUGCAGUUUGUGAAUGUCGUGAUGUUUACGUUGAAGAACGUUCCUUCUUCAGAAUAAUAAUGUAACAAAGGUGUCCAACAUUCGUUCAUACGAGAUAUUAACUACAGAAAAGAUCGUUCGUCGAAUUGAAAUUAAUCUCGUAAAGGAGGAAAAGAAGAAAGAGAAGAAGAAUAUUUCAUUCAUAAAAAUGUUGCUAAAAAUCAAUCAUUCUCCUUUUGGAUUCGCUGAGAAUUCAUUUCAAGAAUGUUCUCAAUGCUCCAACGACUUAACGCACCAACGUGUUUAACUAUUCGUCCAAUGAUAUCUCGGAUUUCAAUUAAAACCUGUCAAAAUCGUAAACAGAGAUUCGCAGGGAUAUCGAAUAAUCGUGUCUCGAUCUGCGUAUCGUUUUUCUCUGGAAGAGGCAACAAGCAACGAGCUUGAUCUUCGUUAAUUCGUACCUGGAUCGUGUAUCGGAAUCAUUCGUGAAACUUUGACCACAGGACGGGAGGGAAAAAAGAUGACGAAGUUUAUAACGUCGAACGAGAUAUUAAAAGGAAUAAUGUAUUAAGAGAUUCAUGAUUAUUCGUUGUACGAACGAAAAGAUAAUGUUAAUUGAGUGAACUGGCCGAUAAGAAAGAAAUAUUUCGUUAGAGAAAUCAUUGCUGAUAUCGGAUGAGAAAAGAAUUGAGAUUCUAAAGCAUCUUUUGAAAACUGGGCUGUUCGGUGGUUCGAACCGAAUGGAAGGAUGUUUCAUCCGGCGUUCUGACUGCCUAUGGAUAUAUUCGACCGUUGCAACGGCGGCGGCGGCGGAAGCACGGUAACCGGAAGCGGCGGCGGUGCUUCGGUGAGGACAUCGAGCAACGAGUCUGGCAGUGGAACGUCUAGCGGUGGAAGUGAGAGCGGCGGAGCAUCGUCCAGCAGGAUGCAGUUGACAGGAGCUUCGGCUCCUGGGGCGGCUGCCUCACCGGAGUCCGGCGUCUCGCCAUUGACGGACGCUUAUACGAAAAUGACCAGCGAUAUACUUGCCGAGAGAACCCUUGGUGAUUUUGUUAGCGAGCAUCCUGGCGAACUCGUCAGGACAGGCUCACCGCAUUUGGUUUGUACCGUUUUACCAGCCCAUUGGAGAUCCAACAAGACGUUACCAGUGGCGUUUAAAGUGGUAGCUCUCGGAGAAGUCGGCGACGGCACAUUAGUGACGGUUCGAGCUGGUAACGAUGAGAAUUGUUGUGCCGAGCUAAGAAAUUCAACGGCGUUGAUGAAGAAUCAAGUGGCGAAGUUCAACGAUCUGAGGUUCGUCGGUAGAAGCGGCAGAGGAAAAAGUUUUACCUUGACGAUAACGGUGUCAACAACGCCACCCCAAGUGGCUACUUACACGAAGGCUAUCAAAGUGACCGUAGACGGCCCACGCGAGCCGCGAUCCAAGACCAUCGAAGAACUCAUCCAACAGCCAUGGCUUAGAUGGUCUACACAGAACAACUACGAAUUUGAAGUGCUGUCUCUUUUAGGGCAGCAACAACAGUUUCACGCAUUCGCCUUUGCCUCGCAACGUGGUGCACCAUUUUUCGCAUCCCCACUGGUGGAUCCUCUGCAGUCUCUACCGAAUCCUCUACAGCCGUUGCCGAACCCGUUACAACCACGGGAUCCUCUGUCGUCUUUCAGGCACGCGAUGCCUGGUAAUUGUCAGAACAUGUCUCAAUUCGGUUUGACGGCGAGCAACUCCUGGGGAUACGGAAGUACAGCAGGAUAUGCUGGGUACCUUCCCGGUCCUCUUUCGUCUUGCGCGGCACAAGCGUCUUUUCCACCCCCGCCACCUCCUCCUCCUCCACCACCACCACCGUCGUCUUCUUUGGCGUCCUUCGCUGGUACCGCUGCUAUGACCACGCCGACGGCUCCCGAUUCGACUGCGGGCUCGGCUGUCACUUCCGGUACCACCGGUACUACGCCUCAGCAGGACGCUUUCACCGGGGUAUCCUCGCUACCGGACACGACAACGCCAGGUCAAUCCGAUCCAUUGGAUCCACUGAGCACGCUCAUGUCCGGCACGACGAGUCAAAGGUAUCAGGACUACGUUUCUCCAAGGUCCUUGUCAACGGACUCGAGCACCACGGAGAGUCCUGUUCACGAGGAGCAAGGAUUCGGCCAGAACUACGGGAACUACUUUCCAACGCCAGGCGUAUUGCCGAGUAUACUUUACUCUCAGCUCUAUGGGAAUCAAUUCCAGAACUCGGAGAGUCCUGAACAGAGAGCCGUCACCGAGAGUUGUAGCGUUAGACAGGAAGAGGUUAGACCGGAUAACAACGUCUGGAGACCUUAUUGAGAGAGAAACGAGGCGUCGGGUCGUCAUUCCCGAUCGUCAUUGAGCGUUCGGACGUUUUAAACAGACUGUGAUAGGUAUUCAAUUUUGGAUUAAACAACGAGAGUCGUUAUCGACGAAGCCGGCUGUUAUUGUUUUUGAACAGGAGCCGACGAUACAACGAGUCUCUAUUCAGGGCCGAUACGUGAAUGUUAUUAUUAUACGUCUCCUUUUCAUCGGGCCACAAAUUCGUUUUCAUUUCUUACUUGUUUCUUCUUCUUUCUUUUUCUUUUUAAUCUGUUCUUACUUCUCUUCCUUCGUGGUAGAUCCUCUCGAAUCGUCGAGAUCAUUGGAUCUUCGAAAGUACGAAAAAUAAAAAAAAAAAAGAAAAAAAGAAAAACGCUUGGCUGUAAACGCACUCGUUUUCAGGAAUUCGUGCGUUAGGUGUUAAAUAAACUAUAGCUUCGCUACGGACUUCUUCCGAUUGUAUCUUCGAAUUGUAUCGACGAACUAACUUUGCCACGAUGCAAAGGGACAUUGGAAAGGUCUGUAAUUAAUUACGAAAAUGGCUCCUGCGAGCGAGAGUGUGCGACACGGCGCGGCAUGGUUGGUAUUAACGAUUAGGCCAAAUGGCGAUAUUGUAUAUAGUUGUACAUAGAUAAAACGUCUGUCGUUUCGUCGAAUUCAUUAAUCGAAAAUGAUAAUGAUGAUGAUGAUGAUGAUGAUGAUUAUAAUGAUGAUGAUAAUAAUGAUGAUGCUGAUGAUGAUGAUAAUGAUGAUGAUGAUGACGACGACGACGACGACGACGACGACGACGACGACGAUGGUAAUGAUAAUGAUCAUGACGAUGAUAUUGAUACUAAUAAUAAUUAUGACGACGAUGAUGCUAUCGAGAUACGACGCGAGAGACGAUUUAUUUCUUUAUGUUUUCAUGGUAUAUAUAUAUGUAUAUAUAUAUAUAUAUAUAAAUAUAUAUUAUAUAUAUAUAUGUAUAUAUAUAUAUAUAUAUAUAUAUUUCGAAUGAAUACGAUAUUUAUAUCGUGGGACAUUUGUGCAAUUUCUCGUCGAGUUCAAUCUCGAUGUGAUCCGACGCUUACGGUGUUAACGUCCAGCGAAAAAUGAUCUCUUUCGAUUCUCGACGGAAGCGACAAAAUUUGAUAAAUACAUUUUAUCUUGUGAAAAAAAAAAAGAGAGAGAGAGAGAAAUGAUAUAUGAAAAAAAAUAAAAAAGAAACAAAAAGACAACACAACAACAACAAUAACAAAAAUUAACACCAUACAAAAUUAAUAUCGUCGUUCCGUGAGAGGGUAGGAAGAGCAUCUUUGUCGCAUAGCGUGCGAAUGAGAGUGAGAGAGUGUGAGAAUGAGAGAGUGAGAAAGAAAGCGAGAAAGAGAGAGAAAGAGACACAGAAGAACGACGGCGAUGUUCGUUCGCAGAUUACAAAGAAAGCGAUUCAACGAAGAAAAAAAGGCUCUGCGCCAGUGGUGGUACGCUGCCGAGGACCUCACAUCGAAAUUUCCGCUAAAGAAACGAAAUUCGAAGUCCCAAGCUCGGUUUUGCUCGCCUUGAGAAAUAGAAGAAUAAAAGAAAGAAAGAGAGACACAGAGAAAGAGAAAGAGGGAGAGUGAGAGGGUGGAAGAGUGAGAGAGAGAGAGAGAGAGAGAGAGAGAGAGAUAAAUAGAGAAAGGAAAAUAGAUAGGAUAGAGAAAGAGAACGAGAAAAUCGACGCUCGAGAUUUCUUCUUUCAUUGUCAAACCCGAACCUCGAAAUUUUCCCCGGCCGUCGGCGACGCUUAUUCGUUUUUCCACGCCGACGACGAAUACACGAACACACACACACAUUGCGUUCACGAGAAUGAUUUCCGAUAUACAUAUCCAUUACCUAUUGUUAUCGUAGUUUUUGACCGAGUCGAAAUAAAAAGUGUAUUUCAAAAUAUGA